UGCUGCAUGCACAUCACGUGCUGUGCUAAAGACUGCUGCAGCAGUUUCACACACACACACGCACAAUGGGUGUUUGCCCUGUCCUUCACCAGAAUAAUGAGACGAUCCAGAGGGAAAGACUUCAUCAUCAGAGACAUCAUUUCACUGAAUGAGCCACAGUAGUUCAUUCUCCUUGAAAGGAAAUUAAAUUAAAUCAUCCCCUCACUAUACUGUUUUACUGUUUCAGAAAAAAUGCAUCAUGAUUCAUAAUAAGCUCCAUUUUAUCCCAAAGACCACUUGUGAAAGAUAAAAGGGACAGUCCUCUUCCUCGUCUUCAUUUCCCACAUGUUUUCCUCACCACGUGACGAUCGUUCGUCUCUGUGAAGAUCAAUUCAUGUUGUGACUUCUGGCAGAUUGAAGCAUACCGUUGCAUCCAGAGUGCGUUUUCCAGUUGUGCAGAUGUAAAUAAGGAGAGAGUGGGAGAGUAAAUGUGACACACCCCCUCCCCUGCUGAUGGAUCGGCUAUCACAUGGUUUCAUUUCCUCUCCGGGACCACAGACGGGCUUUUCCGGUCAUUUUGAGCCGUGCGGGGUACACUGCGCUUGCCUGUAGGUCCCGAUGAUGGACAGGGUGGGGGGGAUACCGCUGAUCACCGAGGAUAUGUGUUACUGUCAUUAAGACGAUGCGGCUCUCCUGCGCCGGACUCUCUUCUUCUCGCUUCGGAUCUUUUGAAACCGAGCAAAGCUCACUGUGAAGACCAAUAUCCAGAUUCCCCUCAGCUCACGGACCCUUAACAUGAUGGGGGUCUCCGUCUGGAUUUCUCAGCUUGUCACCGUAGCAGCCUUGAGGAGGAGAAGCUUCAUCGCAGUUGUGUUUCUUGCUUUAUUGUUGCCAACGGCGAGAGCCAAGGGGCAGUCAUUGUUGAAGCGCCUGGAUUGCCGGACCUGCGUGUGUGCCAGCAACAUCAUCAGUUGCUCCAAGGCUGAUCUGAAGGUGGUUCCCACCAGUCUUCCAAAAUAUACGGCUGUCCUGGACCUCAGCUUCAACUCGAUCACCAGGCUUCCUGCUGAGUGGACUCCUUACAGUCUCAGCAGUCUGCACACUUUGGUACUCAGGAACAACGGCCUCAACUUCCUCUCCUCUGAGGCGUUUGUGUAUGUGUCAAAGCUCCGUUACCUGGACCUCUCCUCUAAUGGAAUCAUCCUGCUGGACGAGUUCAUCUUCGAGCCACUGGAGCACCUGGAGGUGCUGCUGCUUUAUAACAACAGCAUCUCUCAAAUAGAUCGCACUGCCUUCUCUUCCCUCAGUGCCCUGCAGAGGCUCUAUCUGAGCCAAAACCAGAUCUCACGCUUCCCCUUGGAGCUGGUGAAGGAGCGAAGUCGCCUGGAGACUCUGAGGCUUCUGGACGUUUCCUCUAACCGAAUUAAAUCCCUGUCUCUGCGUGAGCUUCAGGCCCUGCCCGCCUGGAUCAAGAACGGCCUGUACUUCCACAACAACCCCCUGACAUGCAGCUGUGAGCUGUACCAGCUUGUGGCGGAGUGGCUCCUCAAGGACCUCAGCUCAGCCACUGACUACAAGAAAAACCACACUUGCAUGAUACCAGGCCAGCAGAAGGAAAAGAUGGUCGUACUGGAUCUUAACAAGGUCUAUUUGAACUGCAGUGAAGUGAAAAUUCUGAAUGAGCAGGCUUAUCUGGAGCAGUUCUUGGUACUAGAUUGUGACACCAAGCAGAAGGACCCGGAGAAGAGAUGGGCUCUGCCAGGAAACAUUCCUCUGCCUCCAGUGAGCAAGACCGCAGUGAUGCGUCGCGACAGCAGCCUCCAGAUUGGUCCCCUGAAGGCAGAAGACUCAGGAGUCUACACCUGCUAUGCUGUAGGUGAUGCUUUCAACGAGACACUGUAUGUAACCGUAGAGGUGUUCAACUUCACCAACAGCGGAGGACUGGAGAAUCUAAAAACGGCCUACACCACCCUCGUCGGAUGUCUGGUCACCAUAGUUAUGGUUUUCAUCUACCUCUACGUCACACCCUGUCGCUGCGCUUGUUGUCCGGGACAGGACCUGGAGAAAAGCGUGGAGAGCCUCCACUCCUCGACUGUCAGCCUCCCUCAUGCGCACGAGGAGACAGGGCAAGAAAGAGUGGAGGGCCUGGGAUUCCCCUACAGACAUGUGCCCUUUCAGGACCCCAAGGAUCAGCUGGAGCAUAACGGGAGGUUGAAUCCGAUAGGUGAGGAAGAUGAGGAGUGGCAGGGGGAUGACAGGGAGAGAAGGAGGUCUGAUGCUGAGUCUGUCAGCUCUGUGUGCUCCGAUACCCCCAUGGUGGUGUAAAAGUCGGCAGCAGAGCAUGCAGGGUAAGACGGCCUAAGACGACCCGCUGCUCCUCUCAACGCUUUGAAUGUGUGCAGAAUGCAAAUGUUAGCGUCUUCCAAACAAAGCUUCAGUCAGCUCUCACAGAUAGUGGAACGGUUGCAGUAGCUUGUACUUUUGAUUAGGAAUAAACUACCCAUACAGUGUCCAAUGAAUGAAAUUAAGAAAUCAUGGCCUCUUACAUAGGAUUGAAAAUGUAAAUCUUUAUUCGACGUCACAAAUUGGUUUUGUGCAAUUAAGAGAAGUUCUUUCAGGAUAUAGCAUUGGACGCUAAGAUCAGGAGACACUGGACAGAAGCUUCUGCUUUAAGAGGAACUCAGUUUUAUGCAAAGCUGUCAUAGCUCACUUAAUUAUUACUGUAAUGUGUUCAAUAUUAUAUUUUACAUUCCUGUUUAGUUUGGCUGGCCUUUACAGAACAGGGUGCUGUGAGCAUUACGCAUGUGCAAUUUUAUCAAUUUAAUUUAUUAAAUAGAUGUGGGUGUGAUGGGUUUUUGUAUCUACAGCCUUCUGUUGGAGUUGUUAUACAUACUCCUUUAACUAAAAGUCAAAUUCAGUCGGGGAGUCGUUUUGGACUUUGAACACCAUUGUGCUUUUAUUAUAAUUUACGCUAUUUUGAUUAAAGAGAAUUAUUAUUUGUAUUACAUUUAGUUAAAAAAAAGUGUCCUAUUUUUAAUGAGAAAUUGAAAUAUGAUUAGGUUUAGAGCUAUCUGUAUUGAUCAGCGACUAGCUAGAUAUUGUAGAAGCUGACAUCUAUUUACAAUAUAAACACAGAUAUUAACACUAAUUGUUGAUUAUUUUAUAAAUACUAUAUUAUAUUUCAGCUCUUAUACAAUAAUUGUUCAUCAAAUAUUGAGAAAUAGUCAUAUUACUAUAGUCAUUUUACUAUUGGCUGAGCUUGAGUGAUCCAGAACAGUUGGGCUCCAGCAAAGUUUUUGAUUUCAAUAUCUGUAUUUUAACCAUUUGAUGACCUCAUAUGAACGACUGCAGUCACAUGUGGUUAAAUCUGGACUUGAAUCAUUGUUAUUGGCUGGACUUGAAGUUGCUAUAUUUACAUUUAGCUCUGGUGUCCUCAGAGAAAUCAGAGUUCUUGCAUGAGAAAAUAAGCAUUGUAAUAAGCUAAGACCCAUUUAAAUCCUAAACAAACAUUCCACAGAUUGUCAGAGCACUUGCUGCGGGAGUGUCUUCUGUCCUUUGAUUCGUGAGAAAUAGAAACAGAUAGAUGUAACCCUUAAAUAGUUUAUUUCUCAGUAAAAUAAUUAUUUUAGAUUCAUCUUACAAAUCCUCCCUUGGGGACCUGGUACUCAGGUGAUCCUUAAAUGUCUAUGAAGGUUCUCAAAUAUUCAAAUAAUACCUGUAAUUCGUCCAAUUAAGGCGGAUUAUCGGGUUGUUAAAAGAUGCCAGUCAGGUGAGCAUCGCCCACUGGUGUUCCAAAAUGAAAACCUAAACCACAACAAUCAUUUAGAGCUGAGGAAGCCACUUUGAUGAGUGGUAAAACGUCUUCAGGAAAAGCCCAACAUGUCCAGUUGCCUUUGUUUCGUCUGUUCUUGAGUUUUUGAGCUCCCCCUAACUGUAUCACUAAAAGGAUUCAUAAUUAUAGUAAUAAUAAAAUGCAGUUCCGGUGCAGUUAAAAUGAAAUGUGUGGGGUUCAGACUGGUGACAUGAAUGUACAUCCUGCCGUGCUGGACGGUUAAUAGCAGCCGGGAAGCAUCGCCCUCAGGGGGAAACAACUGACAGAGAGUACCAUCCAUCGAAAGCUUGUGGGCAUUAGUGCCCAACCCCGAGCAGCCAGUACCAGCCAGCCAGCAAGUGCUCUCAUAAACACGGACAGAAAUAGCAGCUCGUAGUGCAGCCAACACACAGACUCUCGUGGCCGCUUGACGUAGCCGAAAUGUAAAUAUAGAAGAAGCAGGUGUCUUAAUUUUUAGUCACAUUGCCAAAAUACCUUCACAUUAUCUGGAGGCUCGCUUAAAUGAUGUCACAAAAAAAAACAAAAAAACCAUGCGGGCCAGGAUCUAAUGCAAUUUGUUUUUUAAUUAAAUUCACUCUGGUGAUGAUAAAUGAUUGUCACGGUUUACUGAUAUAUAGAAAUUCAGGCAUUAGCAGCAAAAUGCAAGAUAGCAGAUGUAGCAGCGUGAAGUACACGUCGUUUUAUUUGGAAAGAACAAUAAUUCUUUCCCAUUUCAUGGUGCUUUUUAAAAGAUAAAUAAUAAUGCGGGUGAACCAACACCACUUAAUUUAUUAAAUGUGUCUGUGGCAUUAUAAGCUCUGAAAUUUGUCAUGAUAUAGUCUAAUACUGUUAACUAAGAGUAUACCAAUUAUAUCCUUCAAAUGGGGCCCACUACUCUUACAAUAACCAAAGACUGCGUUACAUGUUGAGAAGUCAUAACCUAAACGUUCAGUGUUUACAGUCAGUAUACCGUCAUUUGUGUGUAGCGGUCACCUUCUAUUGUAUCUCAGUGUCAUAUCACAAACCUAUAUUUUAAGAUAUGCAAUCCUGUAAAAGGAGUGAUUGUAUCCUGUUGUUUGCUGUAUCAUGUUGUUUCGUCGGCGUGUUUCAUAAACCACAAAAAUAAACAUGAGUGAAUAAUGUGAA